AUGAAUUUGGCGAUUCAACUCCUCGAUAGCUAUCCUGAGCGUUGCGAUGCCAAUUUAAUAGGGUCAGCCAAUCAGUGUGCAUUGCGGGCUGACCAUUUUAAGAUAGCAUAUCAGAUGUCAAAGAUGUUGGAAUCGAAAUUCCCUGAUGAAUUGAAACCAUCGGAUAUCAUCUAG